GACGCGGAAGUGCGCGGUAAUGUCGCGGAGAGAAGAGUAAGGAGCGAGUAACAUGAGGGAGUCGAAGGAGGAAGUGGCAGGAGUGUGUUAGGAGUGCGAGUGUCCGCUCUGCUGGUCCACAUCGCCGCACUUUCACACCCGGGAGCACGACACUUUUUUCCAAAGUGACAACGUACAUCUCGGAGAUCAAUGCAGAAAGUGCAACGGAAGGAGACGGAAGACGGUUUUGAACAAACACGCGAGAGAGAGACUGUAGGUCUCAUGACGAGGGGCAGCGGUGAGGAGGCACGUUUGUUGCUAUGGCCUUUCCCCCAUCCCUCUUCGUGUCCCAACCGCCCUCGCUGCUCCUUCUGAUGGCUGUUCUGACCACGUGCUGCUGGGCGGAUCCUGAAGGCAGCCCCUGCUUACCAGGCCGGUCCUGGGCGGUGCGGUUGCACAGCGGGACUGAAGACAGGCGCACGCUGGACAUGCUGGCCCACUCUGUGGCCCAGGAAGCUGGGCUACAUAGCCAGGGGCAGAUCGGACAGCUGGAGGGCUACUACCUGUUCUGCGAUGUGCCGGAGGGGAAAGCUGAGGGCGUUGCCUCGGCAGCCAGGGUGCUGGCCACCCACCCCAGCGUGGCUUGGCACUCGCAGGAGCAACUCUUGCGCAGGGCUAAACGGAGCAUGGCUUUUAAUGACCCCCAUUACCCCAAGCAGUGGCACUUGCACAAUGAGGUGACGGCAGGGAUGGAUAUAAAUGUGACCGGGGUGUGGGAGCACAAUAUCACAGGUUUGGGGGUCACGGUGGUUGUCGUUGAUGACGGGGUCCAACACACGCUGCAGGAUAUCCAGCCCAAUUAUAGUCCAGAAGGCAGCUAUGACCUGAACUCAAACGACCCGGACCCUAUGCCUCAUCCGGACGCACGGAGCGACAACCACCACGGCACCCGCUGCGCAGGAGAGAUUGCGGCAGUGCCCAACAACAGCUUCUGCGCUGUGGGCGUGGCUUAUGGCAGUCGAGUGGCAGGUAUUCGAGUUUUGGACGGGCCUCUCACAGACAGUAUGGAAGCAGUGGCAUUCAACAAGCACUACCAGGUCAAUGACGUCUACAGCUGCAGCUGGGGCCCUGAUGACGAUGGACGGACUGUGGAUGGGCCUCACCCCCUGGGAAAGGCGGCACUACAGCAUGGGGUUAUUGCUGGCAGAAGAGGCUUUGGCAGCAUUUUCGUUGUUGCCAGCGGCAAUGGCGGCCAGUAUGAGGAUGACUGCAACUACGAUGGCUAUGCUAACUCCAUCUACACAGUUACCAUAGGGGCUGUGGAUGAGACAGGGAAGAUGCCUUUUUACGCAGAGAAGUGCGCCUCCAUGCUGGCUGUGACUUUCAGCAGUGGGGAUAGGCAGUUGCGCAGCAUUGUGACUUCCGACUGGUCACUGCAGCAUGGCACAGGCUGCACGGAAGGGCACACGGGCACCUCUGCUGCCGCACCACUGGCAGCAGGCAUGGUGGCGCUGAUGCUGCAGGUGCGGCCCUGCCUCACCUGGAGGGAUGUGCAGAACAUAAUCGUCUACACUGCCAAAAAGUACGAAGACAAGGAUGCGGAGUGGAAGACCAAUGGAGCUGGUUUCUCCCACAGCCACCAGCAUGGCUUCGGCCUGCUCAAUGCCUGGAGGCUGGUCAACGCUGCCAAGGUGUGGGAAUCGGUCCCAUUCCUGGUGUCUUAUCAGAGCCCUGUCCUGAAGGAGGGCAAACCAAUCCUCAUCGCGCCAUCUGAUCUCUCCCUCACCUGGAAUGUGACAGCAAGUGAGCUGCAGCACUCGGGAAUGCAGACGCUGGAGCAUGUGGCUGUCACUGUAACAAUGACCCACCCUCGCCGCGGAAGCGUGGAGAUUGUCCUGGUUUGUCCCAGUGGCAUGAGCUCUGUCAUUGGGGCCCGUCGCAGCAUGGAUGUGGACCGCUCGGGCUACACGGACUGGACCUUCUCCACAGUGCGCUGCUGGGGCGAGAGGGCAGAGGGCCAGUACAGUUUGCGGCUCACUGAUUACAGACAGGGUGCAUUGUCUCUGGGCAUUUUGAAGCAAUGGAAGCUUACCCUCUAUGGGUCUUCUCUGACCUUCGAGGAAGUGAAAGAAAGACAGAGAAUUGUGGAAGAUUCCAUGGGUGGGCAAUACCUGAACAGCAGCUACUCUCUGCCCUGCCCCCCUGGCUUGGAUAUUCCCCCUGAGGUUUUCAGCCCCUUAACCUCCAAUAUUCUAAAGUACCUGCUCUUUCUGGGCUGUGUGGCUUUCUUUGGGUCAUUGUACUACAUCCUGGAGGUCGUUAUGGCUCAGCUGGAACUUUCAAGGCUUUGCCGGUACAGGCAGAUGGGUCGGGGCAGCCUUGAGGAUGGGGCUGAGCUUCAGAUGCACCCUGUGGCUGACCUGGAGGAUCAGGUGCCCCUCAUCACCACAGACAGGCCUACGUAGCCUUUUGCCCUGGCCCUUCCUCCCACUUCCCUCUCCAGCCACAGGGGCUACCCUGGUAGGAUUGGCCUUUGUCCAACCACGUGGGAACUGGGAGACCUUCCGCUCAUGUAGGAACAUGAGGAGAAAGUCUGGAGACGGAACCGGAGGACGUAGCCUUGAGCAAGCGGUACGGCAGAAGGAUGAAGUGGGAGCAGUCGACUGGUGGAGUGAGGAGCCUCAGCAGGGAGUUGCCCCGAUGAGGUUGUGGUAUAUGGUGGCAUCCAGAGAAUGCUUCCCUCCCAGCUUCCCAAGUCACGUGAAUGCAUGGCAAGGUCAUCUGGGGCCAAUUGGAGUAUGGAUCGUCUAGCAAGGAAGCGGUCGAUUUACAAACAGCUAUAAGGACAUAUUCCCCCAGUGGGUUAGGGGAAGCACUGUUUACUGUUUGGAGAUCAUGCCUGAUACCGUUCCUCUUUGCGUGUGUUACUUGAACAUGUGUUUGAGUGUGUCGAGUGAGUGGAGCAAGAGCAUGAUGAAAUUGUGACUGAGAUUAGAGUUGAGAGAGAUUUAUUUUAUUAUUGUUUUCAUAUUGUUUGAAGAGUAUUUUUAUGAAAUCUAAUGAUUUGGCUAGUUUGGACAAGAAUUCAGUGCAAAUCUGAGAGCUUGCUCUCUGCUCACAUCAAUCCUUUCAGUACUUGAAGUUUGAUCUAUUAAUGAGUAUGAUAAAGCAGUUGUAUAAUUGCUCUAUCCUGACUGUAGUACUAUAAAGACAUGCUGCAAUGUGUCCCGUUUGUACAAUUACAGCUGUGUAUUAUAAACAAUUUCUUAAUGAGAAAAAGGACGGUACAAAACAGAAAUAAUUACGUUUUAUAAUGGAAAUGGUAUACAAUGCUGGGUGUUACUUUAGUUCUUUAAAAAAAAAAAACUGUAUUUGUUAUUAACAGCUGGUCUGAAUGAACCAAAUAAAUAUUCUUGACCAUAAUGAAAUUUGUGAUUAAUUGCUGUUCUCUGCAGCCUCUGUAAUGAAGAACUUGUGCUUAGUGUGGAGAGCUAUGGUUCCACUGCGAGCAGAAAGGUCACUUAAGAUUGGUAUGAAACACUGGAGAGCUCUUCAGUGUCAAAGGUUUGUCAUCAAAGCAUUUAUUAAUGCAAGCCUAAGACACUUUUCGAAUGUAAGUCAGUUUUAUUAAAAUGCAGCUCAGCAAAAUUUCAUUUACACCCCCCCAACCAAACCAGAAAAUUUGCAGCAUUAAGAACACGUAUAACUUGGGUCUGUAUACAUCUUACCUUCACAUACAAGUACUUUGCAACAUCUCUCAUUUUGUUGCAGUCACCUUCCUGGCUUUCCAUUCUUCUCUUUUCAGUGAACCUUACAAUGAGCAUUGUGUGUCUGCCAGCUUUUUCAACCUCAUCACUUACGAGGGUCUAUGGUGUAAUAUUUAACAAGCCCUCUUCACACUAGAUUUGUUGCAGCACAGAAGGUUGAGG